GAGCGAGGGAGGAGUGUAAGUGAGGAGUGGAACAAGGGAGGAGUGUAGUGAGGAGUGGAGCGAGGUGAGAGGCGCCGCUCCUCCGCGUCCAGUCAUGGAGAGCCGCCGCGGGCUGCUCGCUUGCGCCGCGCUGCUCGCCGCUGUGAGCGCUGGCCGCUUCGAGAUGCGCGUGCCAGGUGCCCGUGUGCCGCCGCGAGUGACGCUGCACGUGCCCAGCGGAGCUCGCCAGCUCCUUCGCUUCUAUGGUGGGGAACGGGACGUUGACGAGCAAGCAGAGGCUACGGGGCUCGCGCCCCCCCGCGACCUCAAGGUGCGCGUGCUGCCCACCCUGGUGGUGGUCACAUGGUCAGACCCCGUGCACGAGGCGGGGCCCGCGGGAGCGGACAAGAGCAAGCGCUUCUACACCGUUCGCUACCGGCAAAUGACGCCUGCUGCACCAUGGUACUACCAAACGGCGAUGGUGCCGCGCGUGAUCAUCACCCAUGUGGCACCAGGGACGCACUACGAGAUAUCGGCACGUGUUUCCGAAGGAGAGAAGGACGGGCCGUGGUGUACGCCUGUGAUGACACGCACGUACGCACGAGCACAUCCCGAGGAGGACCAUUCCAUAAGCUCGGCAAACCAGCAGACCGAGAGACGUGGGCUGCGUCCCUCGGAGUGGACUCACAAAAAGGCGCUGCCCGGACGCGGCGAAAGGCUCCAGCAGCGUCGCAGGAAUGAGAAAGUGACGCCAACGCAACGGCGCACGGAGGCGCACGGGGCCAACCCUGGGCCACCGCCGCUCAUGGAAUUUCCUGCUCCCACCACCGGUCCAAAUCCCGCGCAGCCCGACGGCUCGACGGGUCACCUGUGGCUGAUUGACACGGAACAAAACCUCCUGUUUACAAAAGACGGAAAUGUGGUUUAUGACGACAAAGGCCUUCCCAUUAGGCUGUGUGUGGCUGAGGAUGGACACACAAUCAUCUCGGAAGCCCGGCAGCCCGUGCUGACGCGCGCAGGCACGCUCGUCGCCGGAUUCAACGGCCGAGCGGCCGGCGGCGAAAAUAAAACCGUGCCGAGCCACUCGGAGUCGGAGGGAGGCCUCCUCCGGCGCACGGCACCGGCCGUGGCGCUAGCGCCAGGGUCGGAGUUCAUCGACGGAGACGAAGGCAGUGUAUCAGACGGUGUGGCGGUGGGCUACGGAACGGCUCCACGGGCGACGGAGGAGGGCGCUGCGGACGGCUCUCCCCCCUCAGAGCCACGUGUGAAGUUGCUGAAGAAGGAAGCGGGGUCACUCUGUUCCAUCUCCGAUGCUCUCGAGCAGAUCCAGAACCAUUUGGAAACCAAGAAAAACAUUCAGCUUUCAAGAACCUUUAGGUAUUUAAGAGACACAAAAAUAGAAGAGAGCUCUGGAAAAGUAACGAUUGCUGGCACGAUGGGAGCACAGCCAAUCGAGCCUAUAGUCGUGGCUGUUGAAGGCUGCCCCUCCUUCGUGGUCUUGGAAUGGAGCCCCGAGGAGAUGCCUCCUGGGGAGACGGACACUGGCAGUGCUGCCGGUUACGUGGUCCAAGUAGCGAAUUCAUCAGGGAUGAACCAGCACAGAUGGCUGACAGCGGGAUUCACCAACAGCAGUUUCCUCCACGUGGAGAACCUCCAACCCAACGAGAAAUACUUCUUCAAAGUUAAAAUCGACAGCCAAUCAAAGCCUGAGGUCUCCUCGAAUAUUGUGACGUUUGUCACCGGAUCAGAGAGCAAGGAAGUUACUGACAAAUCUGCAGGAGUGUCAUCCGUGUGGACCCCAUUUGCAUUCCAUGCGGAUCCCGGCGCACCCAGCGCUUGCGUCGGGAAGCGCUACGUGAAGCGCACACUGCAGAACAAGCUCGUGGGCGUGUCGCUGUGCAACUCCCUCCGCUACAAGAUCUACCUGGGGGAAGACCUCCGGGGCACGUUUUAUGCCUUGGGAGAUGCUGACGGACGUGGUGAGGACCACUGCGAGUUUGUGGACUCCCCGUGGGAUGGGAAAACGGGACCAUUGCAGCCACUGGAUAACCUCGCAAGCAUAGACGGGUACCAUCGCAGCAAGAGGCAGCAGAGGCUGACACGAGGCGUGUUGGGGCCCGAGUCCGGGCUGUACCACGCGGACUGGUACGAGUGUGGGGUCGCCAUCCCAGGCUCCUGGUGACGAUGGUGGGAGAGCGGGCGAGAGAGCUUCACGCGCGGCACGGUCUGUACACAUCGUGUCUGUGUGCCGUCUGAUCUACAGCGACUUUGACUUAAGAUAUAUUUUAACGGUACGCACGUACUCAUUUGUAGUCCAGCGUAAUGAAUUUCGAACCGUGUAUCAAUCUAUCGAGGACCUUUCCUGCAUUCUCAUUCCAUUGUUAUUCUGCUUUGUCUCAUUCUAAAAAAAAAUAAUAUAUGUUUCACUUGCGCAUCUGUUUAUUUUUCCAAAACAGCAAAUGGCAUUGCAUGGCCCCUUUACUAAGCAGCGGUACAGCCACAUUAUUGUCCCACCUCCAUUCCCGCAUGGCCGUACCACGGUGAUGUGUCGUAUGACAUGAGCUGCUUUGUAAUAAGCUGAAGGCAGUGCCGCAGUGGAGAGCCUAAUCCUCUGCAGGCGAAUGCUCCGCCACCUACACGUUCUCUCUGCGCCAAUGGGAGUCUGAACACGCCUGCAUGUUGUGACGAAAUGUUAACUACCUCGCCUGGUAUGCAGGAGGUCGUAGGUUCGAUCCCGAUUCUGACGCAUGUAUAUUUGGAGUUUGAAUUUUCUCCCCGUGGUCGGGUUAAUUUUCAUUGAGAAACACGCGUUUAGAGUAUUUGGCUGCUAUACAUUUCCACAUGAUCAGCCACUUCGUUGAGCUGUGAUCCGUGGGCAGUUCGCUUGUGUAAAAGAGCUACAUAGUUCAGUGGGCCUUUACCUGGUAAAAUAAAUAAAAACACUUAUUAGUAAUCGUCUAUCUGUGCCCAAGCCACGUGGAAGUGCUGCCACCUGCUGGAUCUUCCGGUAAUAGCAGAGCCCAGCCAGUCGGAGAGUGGAGUGGCCAAGACUUCAGCUGCACGUAGGGGCAGGCACAUUGUUGUCGAUUACAGCAUGGCCGUUGUUUGUUAUGGCUUCAACUGCAAACACAUCUGACGUGGUGCCAUCGCAUUUCAAUCCCGGAAUCAUUAGUUUGGUUUUCUGUGUCUUUUGUGUGUCCAGUUUAAUUAUCUUCCUUUGUAUUAUACAAUUGCAACGUUGUGCAUGAAAAAUGCAUAGAUAUGCAAAUUAGUUGCAUUCCUCUUGAUCUACACACAGCUGUUUGUUUUGCCUAUGAUGUUGCUCCCUUCUAAUAAUGAUCAGAAGGUGAAGUUUUUUGCAGCUAAUUCCAACAGUGUGCAUUCUUUGUUGUUGUACCGUACAGUUGCAGUACGUAUAUUAUCAUUGCAUAAAAUAAAAAUGUUCAUGCAGCAUA